AUGGAGAAAGAGACUCCCACAGGUUCCAAAUUAGGAGAAGUAUCGGAGGGGAGAGGAAUAACCUCUCAUGUCCUCCAGGCUGCGAGUAUCAGGGAGAACUUGCAAAGGAGACUAAGAGGUCCAAUGAAUCAGCCUGCAGGGGAGGGACUCCUUCCCCUUGAGCAGUGGGAAGCCCAGUGGCAGGAAUUCCUGAGGACACUGAAAUCCUCUCACUGUGGAUGGGGAAUCCGACACUUGCCAGAGAAACCUUCACCCUGGGAGGAUGCCAAGGCCUUUCUGGCCUCCUUUGAGCAAGUGGCCGAGGCCUGUCGGUGGCCCAGAGAUGAGUGGGUGAUCCGACUCCUGCCGGCCCUCAGCGGAGAAGCCGCAAAGGCCUUUAACAGUCUGGAUGUCAAAGACAGAGAGGAUUAUGGGAAGGUGAAGGCAGCCAUCUUGCGAGGGGAUGCCCUGAGCCGAGAGAAGCAACGUGAAGAGUUCCGGCAUUUCUGCUACCAGGAGGCCGAGGGGCCACGGGGGGCUUACAGCCAACUGCGAAAAAUGUGCUGUGGGUGGCUGAGAGUGGAGAAUCACAGCAAGGAGCAGAUCCUGGAGCUCUUGAUCCUAGAGCAACUACUAAGUGUCCUGCCCCCGGAGAUCCAGAACCGUGUGAGGGAGAGCGGCCCCGAGAGCUGCUCCCAGGCAGUGGCCCUGGCCGAGGAGCUCCUCUUGAGGCAGGAGAAGCAGGUACCCUUGCAGGAAGCUGCUGGAUGGGUUUCCAAGACAGGGGAGGCUCCAUCUGAGAGUGAGCAGAGGCAUCCCUUCAUGGACAUCAAGGAAGAGGAGGAUGGAGAAGAAGACUCACUGGGACACAUAGGGGAGGGCACCGGGGAAUUACUGGGGUCAUCCUCAGAAAAUGCUAAGGAGGAAGACUCUGGUGAAAACUUGAGAGAUUCAGAUGGAACCAGAAGGAAGGAGGGAAAUGACACAGAUGUGAAGAAGGAGAAAUCCAUUAUUUUCCGAGGAGGAGGCUCCCAUGAAGUUCCAGACCAAGCUGAAAGGCCAGCGAAAAACAGAAGGAAGGGAGACCUCCGUUAUAACCAGAGAAUCCACUGCAGGGAAAAAGGAAAUGAAACUGGGGGUGUUGGAAAGGUCUUUAUUCAGAAAAGGAACAUUGUUUCCCAGGAACAAAUUCAGUCAGGAGAGAAACCAUAUAACUGCUUGGAGUGUGGAAAGCGCUUCAGUCGCCAAACAACCCUUACUUCACAUCAAAGAAUUCACACAGGUAAGGAGCCAAUGAAGGCAUAUAAAUGCUUUCAGUGUGGAAAGUAUUUUAGAUACAAAUCUCAGCUCCUUGUUCACCAAAGAAUCCACACAGGGGAGAAACCGUUUGAAUGCUCAGAAUGUGGAAAGAAAUUCAGUCAGAGUGGCAAUCUUCAGCAGCAUCAAAGAAUUCACAUAGGGGAUAAAGCUUUUGAAUGCUCAGAGUGUGGAAAGAAAUUCAGUAUUAGUUUGCAUCUUCAGCAGCAUCUAAGAACCCACACAGGGGAGAAACGUUUUGAAUGCUCAGAGUGUGGAAAGAAAUUCAGUAGGAAUUUGCAUCUUGAACAGCAUCUAAGAACUCACACGGGGGAGAAACCUUUUGAGUGCUCAGAGUGUGGAAAGACAUUCAAUUGGAGUAGCAAUCUUCAGCGGCAUCAGAGAACUCACACAGGGGAGAAACCUUUUGAAUGCUCAGCUUGCGGAAAGAAAUUCAGUCAAAGUUGCCAUCUUCAACAGCAUUUAAUCACCCACACAGGGGAGAAACCUUUUGAAUGCUCAGAGUGUGGAAAGAGCUUCAACUGGAGGGUCGAUCUUCAACGGCACCAAAGAAUUCAUACAGGUGAGAAGCCUUUUGAAUGCUCAGAGUGUGGUAGGAAAUUCAGUAGGAGUUGCCAUCUUCAACGACAUGAAAGAAUUCACACAGCGGAGAAACCUUUUGAAUGCUCAGAGUGUGGAAGGAGAUUCAAGUGCAAUGGCAACCUUCAGCGGCAUGAAAGAACCCACAUGUGGAGAAACUGCAUAGCUGCUAUGCGUGUGCCAAGAACUCCUCUCGUAUCUCAUACAUUAGCAGCAACUCUAGAGUCCACACAGAAGGGAAACCAUUAAAACUCUUGGAAAGAGCUUGCCUCUAUGUGGAAAACCUUACCAUAGCCAUAGAAACAAAAUUCAAAUAGGGGGGAAAAAACACUAUAAAUGCUCAGAUUGUGGAAAGAACUUCAGCCAUGAUUGAAGCCUCAAACAGAUCUCCCAAGGGAAGAAAACAAAGAUGUGCUCUAUGGGUGGGAGGAGAUUCAAGACCGGUUCUGCUCUCCGUAAGCAUCAAGGAAUCCACACGGGGAGAAUGGAGAUGCUCAGGGUGUGGCAAGAGCCUGAGCAGAGAUCACGUCUUCACAUCCCUUAGUGAAUCCACACGAGAAUUAAACUUCCUUUAUAGUUGGUUCCGAGGAGGCUCCUCUUCUGUUGUCCAGGUGUUGGGGGUUCAGGCUGCUGUGAUCUUUUCAGGGUCUCACCAUUGGGAUUAAUUCAGAUCCAAAGGAAAACUCGCUAACUGCAGAGUAGCA